GUUCCGUGUUGUGCAAUGGACGGCAGUGUCCACCAAGAUAUAACAGUUGGUACUAAGAGAGGAUCUGACGAGCUUUUCUCCAGCGUCUCCAACGGCCCGUAUAUCAUGAGCACCACAGCCAAUGGCAACGACAGUAAGAAGUUUAAAAGUGACAUAAGAGGUCCGGGGCUGCCGUCCAGGGUCAUCCACAUCCGCAAGCUUCCCAACGACAUCACCGAGGCCGAGGUCAUCAGCCUCGGGCUGCCCUUCGGAGACGUCUCCAACCUGCUCAUGCUCAAAGCCAAAAACCAGGCCUUCUUAGAGAUGAACUCGGAGGAAGCGGCUCAGAACAUGGUGGGUUAUUACUCCACAGUGAUGCCGAUCAUCAGACACCAUCCGGUCUACGUCCAGUUCUCCAACCACAAGGAGCUGAAGACGGACAACUCCCCCAACCAGGAGAGGGCCCAGGCUGCUCUGCGGGCCCUCACCACGACUCAUGUGGACGCAGCUGUGGCGGCUCCGAGCACCGUGCUGAGGGUGGUGGUGGAGAACCUGGUGUACCCCGUCACCCUGGACGCCCUCUGCCAGAUCUUCGGUAAGUUCGGCACGGUGCUGCGGAUCAUCGUCUUCACUAAGAACAGUCAGUUCCAGGCGCUGCUGCAGUAUCCUGACGGAGCCACCGCACAGUCCGCCAAACUGGCUCUGGAUGGACAGAACAUCUAUAACGGCUGCUGCACUCUGAGGAUCAGCUUCUCUAAACUCACCAGCCUCAACGUCAAAUACAACAACGAGAAGAGCCGCGACUUCACCAGGCCGGACCUGCCCUCUGGGGACAGCCAGCCCACCAUGGAGCACCCGGCCAUGACCGCCUUCACUCCAGGAAUCAUCUCUGCUGGACCGUACGCCGGAGCCACGCACGCCUUCCAGCCCGCCUUCAACCUGCAGCCUGCAGCCCACUACCCAGGGCUGGUCCCCGCUCUGCCCGGGACCCUGGCCUCCCUGUCCCUCCCCGGGACCACCAGGCUCGGCUUUCCCCACAUCUCUGCUGGAGUCUCUGUCCUGCUGGUCAGCAACCUCAACCCCGAGAGAGUUACGCCCCACUGCCUCUUUAUUCUCUUCGGUGUUUAUGGCGACGUGAUGAGAGUGAAGAUUCUCUUCAACAAGAAGGAGAACGCUCUGGUUCAGAUGUCUGACUGCACACAGGCUCAGCUAGCCAUGAGCCACCUGAGCGGCCAGCAGCUGCACGGGAAGCCUCUGCGCAUCACGCCGUCCAAACACACGAGCGUUCAGCUCCCCCGUGAAGGCCACGAGGACCAGGGCCUGACCAAAGACUACAGCAACUCCCCGCUGCACCGCUUCAAGAAGCCCGGCUCCAAAAACUACUCCAACAUCUUCCCGCCUUCCGCCACCUUACAUCUCUCCAACAUCCCCCCGUCUGUGGUCGAGGAGGAUCUCAAGAUGCUGUUUUCCUCCUCAGGAGCCAUGGUCAAGGCCUUCAAGUUCUUCCAGAAGGACCACAAGAUGGCUCUGAUCCAGAUGGGCUCAGUGGAGGAGGCCAUCGAGUCCCUCAUCGAGUUCCACAACCACGACCUGGGAGAGAACCACCACCUGCGAGUCUCCUUCUCCAAGUCCUCCAUCUGAGCCUCGGACUCCACCAUCUGACUCGUCGACUCGAUGGUGUCCACUACACUCCGAUCAUUCCAACGCAUGUCUGCAGAAACCACCGUGAAGUCUGGUGUGAUGUUAAAUUAUUCUUUUAAAUUCAUUUUUAGGUUCUUUGCCUUUUAAAGAGGAUUAGGGUCAUGUUUAAGGAUCAGUGGAGUUCUGAAAGGAAGUCAGAAUUCGGGAUUUAAUCUCAGAAGUCGAAGAAAAAAGUCAGUUUGUGGGGAUUUUUUGGAAAACAAACCUGAAUCCUCAGAUUGUAGUCGGAGUUCAGACUGUGAUCAGUCGUUUAUUUGUGUCUUCGUUUUGAAGUUGUUACAUUUUAGCCGCUCUUGCCUUUUGACUUUAAUUCUGGAAUGAAAGACAAGUUUAUUUCUUGGGAUCACUGACUAAAGUUCUUCAAAUUCCGACUUUAUGAACUCAGAAUUCUUUCUUUAAUCUCUGCUUCACAGUUCUCCUGUGGUCCUAAUCCUCUCCCUUAAAGUUUCCCCUAUGAAGUAACGCUUCUGUCUUUAAAUUAUCGGCUCUGGCGGUUUUUGGGAAGUCGUGUAUUUACCCUGGAGCUGUCAGAUCUCCGUCUGGGCCACGUUAAGAAAGGCUUAGUUCGGCCUUCAGAUGAUCCCUGUGCCUUAUUCCUGAAGUCAGAAUGACCUCAACUUUGACAUGUAAAAAAUUUAAAAAAAUCUCCCAUCAUGCCUCUGUAAAUUGGCAAAGAGCAGGUUUACAGUUGAAAAAGGUUUACUGUUGAUGUAUUUCAGAUAUAUCCUUAUUUUAUGUGUAUUUUAUUGGUGUUGUUUUCCUUUAUGUUAGUGUUUUGUACUGCUGGUUACUGUAGCGACAAACAUGUGAACGGAUUCUGUUUUAGCGGGUUUGCUGGUCUCUAGGCCUUAGAUGCUCUUUUUUUUUAUUUUAUUCUAUUCCUCUUUGAUUUCUUUAUUUCCAUGUAUGCAAUCACGUUUUAUUCAAAUCAAAUAUUGUAGCAAUAUUUUAAUCAUUCCUGAACUUUGACUUGUUUUUGGUGUCUUGGCGAACUCGGCGGUUCUUCUGCUGCUUUUUACAAUCUGACGAAUGUUGUUUUGUUUCUCUUGUCGUGUCGUGUCGGGUUUGUGAAUCACGAUGUUAGCUCGUCUCGUCUCUCGCGUUGCCUCUCUGAACGGUUUUAUUUAUAAGUUUGUGAUCCACUACAGCUGAAACCAAAAACGGCCUUCUAGAUGCAAACAAAUCCGCCUGCCUCAGGUUUCUGGUUUUAAGGACUUCAAAUGAAAAAAAAAAGA